CCCCCGUCAUUGGUGCCCCCCUUCAUUGGUGUCAGUGGGAGGACUAGUGCCCCCGUCAUUGUGCCCCAUCAUUGGUGUCAGUGGGGGGGAGGAAUAGUGCCCAUCAUUGGUGUCAGUGGGGGGAGGAAUAGUGCCCCAUCCUUGGUGUCAGUGGGGGGAGGAAUAGUGCCCCAUCCUUGGUGUCAGUGGGGGGAGGAAUAGUGCCCCAUCCUUAGUGUCAGUGGGGGGAGGAAUAGUGCCCCAUCCUUGGUGUCAGUGGGGGGUAGGAAUAG